CUUUCGCUGAGCCCGUCCAAGCAGGGGUGUUAGCAAAAAAGUUUGGCGGGGCCUCUUGACAAGCUCAAAUGCAGCCACCCCGUCGGCGACAACACAGAAACAUUCUGAGCGGCAUUCGGACUCUGAGAAAGCAGAUUGGACCACCGGUUAGGCUGCCUCUUUUAUUCGCUUUGCAGGAAUUGACAACAUGUUCGCUCAGCCCCGGCCGAAGAGGCCACUCUUGGUUCCGUCCAAGAAGCGCAAGGCCGCCCCCAGCAUCGAGGAGAUAUCUUUCGACAACACCGCGCGCGCCGACUAUCUCACAGGGUUUCACAAGCGCAAGCAGGAGAGGAUAAAAAAGGCGCAGGAGAUUGCGGCCGAGAAGGCGCGCAAGGAGAAGAUCGAGCUGAGGAAACAGAUGAGGGAGGAGCGCAAGAAAGAUAUCGAAAAUCAUGUACAGCAGGUGAACACGCUCCUACGGGAAGCACAAAUGGCCGGGCAUCAUGGCGACUCCGACGACAGCUCCGGCAACGAGUGGGGUGGAUUCGCCGACCCUCCCCCGGCGCUCGAACCCAUGAACUUCGAGGAGGAGUAUAUCGACGAGGACAAGUUCACCACAGUCACUGUCGAAUCGGUGAACGUGGAUAGAGACGGGCUACACAAACCAAAAGUCAGCGAUUCAAGCGAGGAGGGCGAUGACGAAGCACAAACGAGGAAAGAGACGAAGGUUGGGAACGAGAGCGCGAAGGCCAAGGAUCAACAGCGCCCAAAGAAGAAAAAGAAGAAGUUCCGCUACGAGACAAAGGUAGAGAGGCGAGCGACGGAGAGAAAACAGAGGGCCAAAAAGCUCGCCGCUAGGUCAUGAGAAUCGAAUCAUAUAGCGCAGCCCCAGCCGCCACGUUCUCACCCCAGCCGUCGUACUGGACUCUCAGGUAAUAAGCUUGGAGAAAGGGCCGCGCGUAAUCGUUCCAGGGCGAGAGCACAGCUUCCCCACACAACACUAUAUUAGUUGACUUCUUGAUCCUACCUACAAGAGGAGAAGUCUGCAUCCCUAAACUCGCACACAGGCCUGUGCAAUCCACUUGACUAGAAGGCAAAUAUGUGCAUCGAAUGGUGCAAUGGCGAUGUGCUUGUUGCUCGAUUCGGUUUAAAAGGGGCAUGUAGAAAUCAAGGGGUAAAACGGUACAUGAACCCGGGAAGUUUCCACCUGCGACUCGCACAGCAAAUAAAUACCCGCCUCGGCGGCCAGGUCGGUUCUCGAAAGGGAAGAUCUAGAUGUUUCCAACCUCGGCCAGCAGGUCCUCC